GUGUGUAACAAAACGAUAAAUUUCAACACAGCAAAAUGGGGAACGUAUUCGCUAAUCUGUUCAAAGGAUUGUUCGGCAAAAAGGAGAUGAGAAUUCUGAUGGUCGGAUUGGACGCUGCCGGUAAAACCACGAUCCUGUAUAAACUAAAAUUAGGUGAAAUUGUUACAACGAUUCCUACAAUUGGUUUCAACGUCGAGACUGUAGAGUAUAAAAACAUUAGUUUUACGGUUUGGGAUGUGGGCGGUCAGGAUAAGAUUCGGCCCCUCUGGAGGCAUUACUUCCAAAACACACAAGGACUUAUCUUCGUGGUCGAUAGUAACGACAGAGAGCGUAUCGGUGAGGCCCGGGAAGAACUGAUGCGAAUGCUGGCCGAGGAUGAGCUCAGAGAUGCUGUUCUACUGAUAUUCGCAAACAAACAGGAUCUACCAAACGCAAUGAACGCGGCAGAAAUCACCGACAAGCUAGGACUACACUCGCUACGAAACCGCAACUGGUACAUUCAGGCAACCUGUGCAACUAGCGGCGACGGACUGUACGAAGGACUCGACUGGCUUUCCAACCAGCUGAAAAAUGCGAACCGUUAAGUA